AUGAUAUGCAUGAUAUGCAUGAUUCUACCUACGGUACAUGGUUCUAAGAUUUAAUAAUCUAAUCCUAAAAUUUAAUAACCUUAGUUAAGGUGUUGAUUCCUUAAAAUAUUCUACUAGUUUAUAUUAUGUAAAUUAAAGACUUUUAACAUAAAAAUAGCAUUGGUGAAUUGUGGCGGUGCAUUUGUAAUUAAUUUCCUAUCACAUAUGAAAAUGGGAAGACUUGGUGAAGCUGAAAACACUCCAACCUCGAUCAGGCUGCGUUGCAUUGUGCCUUACUUCAGUCUAUCGACAAAUAGUCGUGCAGUAAUCCAGAUAGACAACUAUAGUUCAGAGCAUCAAAUUCUAGCAGGAAGGAAAUCUUUCCAUCUCAACCCUAGAUUAACUCUGUACCUCAAAAGAUAAAAUUCAAAAUUAACAUAAAAUCUCAGCCACAACCACUAAAGGGUAACCCAAAUGCCAGAGACAAGUGAUUAAAUAUUAGACGGUAUCCAUGCACCUAAAAAUGCAGAAACAUUAUAGCAAAUUUACUAUCGAUCAAAUGCUUCAAUGAUAUUAGCAGUUAUCCAUGUCUCAACACUAUUAUGUCAAAAUUAAUUAUUUGUGUGAUCAAAAUAAUUACAUAGGCAAAAACAAAUUUGUAUGCUGAUAUUUAAUCAUGUUAGAACAUUGCAUAUUUCCCUUCUUUCAUACAUAUCAACCAAAAUGCACUUUUUGCUAAUUAUCUGAGGUAAGUUCGCAACAGAACAAAUUAGCACCUUAUCCAGGAUUAUGCAAACCCAUUAUAUGGUAUCCAUUGUAGUCUCAGAAGUAAAACAGAAGUAUAUCAGUAUAUCAACAACUAAAUUAUAUCCAAUUCAAAUACUUUAAUUAGGUUCCACAUUUCUCUUGCAUCCAAACAAACACAUAAACUUGUCUCAGGGCAGGAGUAUCUAAUAAAAACAUAAGGCUAUCAAUUGUUGAAAAAGGCAACAGAUUUCAGUUACCUUUAAGACAAGCUCGUCAUAGCAUUUUUCUACAUUCACUUUAGUUUUUGCACUGCACUCUAUAAAGAGGCAUCCAUAUUCUCUAUCCAACCCGUCAUUUUGGAAUUCCAUUUCACUUUCCUGUGAAAGAUCAGUACUGAUGAUUAAAUCCCAUGCAUAAAAUAAUCCAUAACAUCAAAUAGGCCCAUGAGAAAGUUUCAGAUGAAUUCGAAAGUAAAUUGCUAACUAGAACAAUAUAAAACAUGGAAACAAACAUUGGUCAAACAGCUAAAGGGUUAUUCACUGCUUCUUGAAUCAAAUACAUUAUCAACUUUGUUUCCAACAAGCAUUUUGAUAGAUUUACAAAUGUUUCCUGCUGUAUAACAUCAUAUUCUAUCUCAAUACCAUAAGUAAACAAAAAAAACUGCAUCAG